UGUUUAGUUUUCUUUUUUUGGUGAUCUUUAUUUUCUUAUCAUCUCUUUUUUUUAACUGAACUUUGAUGUUACAGAUUGAAUUGGACGUUUAUUGAUCCUAGAGUUAUUCAACUUUCAACUAAUUGGUAUUUGAUUUUUAUCGAACAUGACAUGUUUAGGCAAAACGAAUUUAUCCAUAUAUAAUCUUUAUUUAACAAUUUUUUAAAUUUAAAUUUGCCUAAUUAAUCUGCCCGGACUAAUGUAGAGAUCAAACAUGAUUCCAGUGAUAACUUAUUCAUAUAGAAGAAUUGGAUGUCAAAAUUAUAAACGUUUAACCAAUUGAUUGGUAAUACGAAUGUUUAAGCACAUUUGCACACUUUACAUGAAUACAUGAAGAGAUAUUAAAAUAGAUGUAGAAAGGGUAUCAUCAUUGCAGGAAUGAUUUGUUCAGUCUGCAGACGCAACUUUUAUUGCUGUCUCCACACUUAUUUGACCACUAAAGAUGUUUGAUUUAUUGCAACAAUUAUCUUUUAGAACUUUCGAUGUGAUAUAGGUCUAGUGAUUUUUGCAUAUUCUAUAUACUUUAUCAUAUCUAUUUUCCAUAAAUGAUAAGCCCAGUUUCUAUCAGUAUUAUAUGUAUGUGUUUUUUAAAUAAACAAAAAAAUGAUAACAUUCACCGUUUUAGUGCAUAUUCUGGUUAUAUUAACCGUUGAAUUUUUUCAGAAUGGUGGGUAAAUAUUUUGCCUUUUUUCCAUCUGAUAAAUUUUGUGUCAGGUUGUAGCCAGGACAGUUUUUAACUGAUUCUAUCAUUUGCAUGAUUCGUCGAAUUUAUCACGCAAUUUAGCAAUCAGCAAUAUGUGCAAGUAAAACAAUAUCCUGUAUAUAUAAUAUGGGAUUGGGUUUAUUCUAACUAUUACCACCACAUCUUUUUUGAAGUUCGGUCAAGAAGGGAGUAUGUUAAAAAUCUGGAUCACUUUGACGCUCUAUUUAAGCAUUGGCUAUGCAGCAAAUCGUGACGUUAGGUUAAAGGUUAAUUGUUCGACCUUGCUUAACAAGAAGCUGUUCCAUCUUCAUUCAAAUCUGUGGCAUGUGUCCAAGUCAAGUGAGGUUUACCUUAAGGAAAGUGUCUUCUUGACCACUUUUGAAACAAGAUGUUCGAAUGAGAGGUGCUUAACACGGACAUCCAUGGCAAAACAUGUUCCAGUACCUAAAGUUUGUCCAAAAGGGUGGAAAUCGAGAAAGGGGAGUUGUUAUCAAGUGUUUUCGGAAAAGGUGAACUGGUUCCAAGCCCAGAUGAAUUGUCGAAAACAUGAUAGCACGCUUGUUCAAAUUGAGGAUGAACUUGAAAACCAAUGGUUAAAGAAACAAUAUCCUGAUAUUAAAAUGGCAACAUGGAUUGAUGCCGUUGAUUUAGGAAAAGAAGGACAAUGGAUGUGGUUCUCAUCCGGAAAAACCGCAGCCUAUCUCCCUUGGUUCAGUGGUGAACCAAACAAUCACAAUUCAAUUGAACACUGUGCUGUAAUAUUUCAUAAUGGCAAUGAAAAAUGGAACGAUACAAAAUGUCACCACAGCUUUUAUUUCAUGUGCGAGAAAAAAAUAUACUAGUCUACAAAUUGUAAUCGUGAAAAUUUUAUAUUAUUCAAAAUACCCAGAGUGAUUGAAUAAAGUAGACAUAUGCAUAUUAAAUGAUUCAUUUGUAAUUGAUAAAUCAUAAUAAUUCCUAAACAACGAAACACUGAUUCUGAUCGCAUUUUUCCAAUUUGUUUUACAACUCCAAACGUCUGGGCAGGUUGUUUUAGAAGGUUUCGGCCUCUAGUCAGUUGUUUUAUA